CCGGUUACAUGCUGGUUUACAGCGCCCCCCAGCGGAUGGACAGGAAACGUGGAUAGAAAGCGACGAUGGCGGAUAGCAAGCAUAAGAGGAGAAGUUACAUCGACGACGGAGGGCCGCAGGAGGAGGGAGACAGAGUGAAAACUAAGCCUGUCUGUUGUAGUACUGCGGGAGGCGAUGGGACCGCUUACAAACGCACAUCCCAGCACCUCACUGCUGACGAGGAGGACGAGGAGUCCUCAGAAGACCCGCCGGCACCUCGCAAAGUCUCCAAAGUGGGCUUUAGCAUGAGCAGUCAGGCGGCAACGAAAUCCAACACCAUAUCUAUCAAACUUGGAGCAUCGAAGCCCAAAGAGACUGUCCCAUCACUUCCACCAAAGAAGCCAGGAUUGGCCUCUGUUUUUAACGAAGACGACGAUAGUGAACCAGAAGAGAUGCCUCCAGAAGCAAAAAUGAGGAUGAAGAACAUUGGGAGGGAGACACCAACAUCUGCAGGACCUAAUUCCUUCAACAAGGGCAAGCAGGGUUUCUCUGAUCAUCAAAAACUUUGGGAGCGAAAGAUAAAAGCGCAAGCAGACAAACUGUAAAUCAAAACCACAAAAAUUCACCCCUUACAUCCAUGAAGGGUAAAUGUUUUCUGACUUGGUUUUUGUACCUCAUCCUCUCUAUCAAGACGCUGCGAGAAUACAUUUUGUCUUCUGUGGUUAAGUUUGUGCUUCUGAACAGUAGUGCUCAAAGCUAAUCCGAAUUAGAGAAUUGCCAAACCCCUCUGUUAAGAAGGUGCACGAUGGGGGAAAACAACAGGAGCCACAACAUUUUCAACUAUUUACCACAAUGUCUUUCAAUUGACUCGGUGAAAAAAAUCUCAUACAGUCCUCAUUUUUUUUCUUUGAAAUGAUUGUUCUCAUCUGCAUCUAGUUCGACUUUGCUGCAUGUUUUCUGUUUGUGUAUAAAAUGUACAUAAAGUUGUGACAAUGUUUUAUUUUUGAGAAUACUUAUUGGAGUGUGUCAUGUAAAGCUUAAAUGUUAUGCAACUAGACAAGACACAUUAUGCAUCCUUUAGUUUGUGUAAGAAUGUCGGCAUACCACUUGUUUUUGCCUUUUUUCCCUGCGACACUUUGUAAUUCCUACCUUGUGUUAGCUUUAUAAAAUCUUGGUACUCGUGUUUUUUGUUUGUUUUGGCUUCCUCAUAUUCUCUUUUGUUGUUCCAGAUUGACAAACCUUUACUAAAAAUGUGUAAUUAUGUUUUGACAUUUUUAAAAAUUUUUAGCUUAUUCAUUAAGCUAAUAAAUUCACACAAUUUUGCUGGUAAACACUAUAAAACACUUCCUGUUUAGUUUCUUAUACAUAAAGCAACACGCAAGUGCUUUCAUAGGCUUUUUGUUGCUUCCUUAACACGUUUUCAGCACUUUUUUGUAAAUUUAAAACUGCAUCAACUUAUUCUGUGCCGGAAGCUCACAGACUCCCCUUCAAAUCUGGUCUUUGUGGUUUACCUUAUUGUUGUCAUCUCCAAAUAAAUAUCAGAAACAUUA